AUGCGAGGACUGAUAAAGAGCUUCAGCCUCCUCAUGCUCUUGUUUGCCUUCCCUUACGCCAUUAAUGCGCAGGCCACCGAGGAAUUACAGAACAACAACGGCUAUGGCUACCUCUCCACUUUCAACUCAUCCAUGGCCGUGAUCUUUGUGUUCCUCGUAUGCGCCUUCUUCUUGAUGGCCUUCUUCAUCAUCUGCAUUCGCCGCUGCGCCGAGGCUGCAGACAUCGAAUCCGCCGGAACCGCAGCUCCAGCCACCGUUACCCUCCGGCGAGGCCUCGACCCUGCCGUGAUCGAGACUUUCCCGAUCCUCGUCUACUCUGCCGUCAAGGAUCUCAAGAUCGGGAAGGGAGCUCUGGAGUGCGCGGUGUGCUUGGGCGAGUUCGACGACUACGAAACGCUGCGUUUGCUGCCGAAGUGCGAUCACGUCUUCCACCCAGACUGCAUCGACCCCUGGUUAGCAGCUCACGUGACGUGUCCGGUUUGCCGCGCCAAGCUCUCGGCCGAGUCGAACUCGCGAGUUCCUGAGCCACACAACGAUCCGAAUCUGGAAAGUUCGAGUACGACGAGCCAGAUUGAAGUCGGUGAGGCUCGGAACGACGCCGUCGUGGUCAAUGUGUAUGAAAAUCAGAGCGGGGACCCACAAGCGGUUGAGACUGUUAACCGUACACGUACAGCGAGGUCGGGAAUCUCUGGAAAGUUCCCCAGAUCGCACUCGACGGGUCACUCACUGAGUCAACUCGGAGGGAACACGGAGCGGUACACCUUGAGACUGCCAGAGGAGGUGAGGAGACAGCUGAUUUCGCUCGGGAUAAAUAAGCUGAGACGUUCGAAUAGCUACGACGUCGUUUUGCCUCGCCUUGAGAGUUCGAGGAAGGGGUAUAGGUGCGGCGGCGGUGAAGCGAAAAGCAAUGUGGAUAAUCAAACCGGGUGGUUCGACUCAUGGGUUUUGUUAAGAACGCCCUCGUUUUUGGCUAGGGGGAGUUCCGUUACCUUUAAGUCUCCUAAGGGAGGAGGCGGUGACGGAGAUGGCGUGUUUGGGAAGACGCCGUCUGUUAAAACGCCGUUCGAUUGUCUGAAUGCGAAGGCGGAGAGGUCCAAAGAAUCGAUAUCUCGGCUUCCUGUUUGA